AAAUCUUCCAUCUUCAUGUUUUUUUAAUUUUACGUGGUUUACAUCGCCAAACGAGACAAGGAGGCUUUUAUACUGGAAAAAGUCCAAAGUGAAAGUGUGAGCACUUCCUGUUUAGCAUAACCGGCUCAACUGUCAAACAGCAGAAGAGGCUCCUCAUCACCACUUCAAGAUGGCGGUCCAAUUUCUCGCGUCACAGCAGCCAAUGCUGUGUCUCCUCUAACGUGUCCAUGGUUGAGACAGCCAGUCAGGUGGGUUCCGGCAACAUGGAGGCGGAGCUCCGUCAGGUGGAGGAGGAGGUGCAGGUGCUGCUGAGCGGCCGGGGGUCGGAGGUGACGGCGUACGACGACGUGGGUCUGGAGCAGAGCAAGCCCGCCUCGCUGAAGAACAACACCACCUACAUCGUCAGCGCCAUCAUCUUUAACCACAAGGAGGAGGUGCUGAUGGUGCAGGAGGCCAAGAAGGACUGUUACAAGAAGUGGUACCUGCCGGCCGGGAAGGUGAAGAAGGGCGAGAGCCUGCAGGAGGCGCUGCUGAGGGAGGUGAAGGAGGAGGCGGGGGUGGAGUGCGAGCCAAUCACUCUGCUGCUGAUCGAGGAGCAGGGACCGCAGUGGAUCCGCUUUAACUUCCUGGCGGCGGUCACAGGCGGGGACGUCAAGAGUCCGGCGGCGGCCGAUAAGGAGUCUCUCCAGGCCGCCUGGUGGGACCGACGCACGGCCCUCAAACUGCGGGGGCGGGACAUCCUCAGGCCCAUCGAGUGCGGGCUGAAGUACCACCGGGACCCCUGGCACCCCGUCACCUUGCCGACGGACCAGAGCUGCCGUCACACGGUCCAGAGACUGGUCCUGGUCUUCGUCACCUCCGAAGAGCGGGUGUGGCUCCUGCUGGUCAAAGCCCCGAGGCUCCACCUCCCCGUGGUGGCGGCGGUCAAGACGCACGCCGUCAGCUGGGCGGCCGACGCGGUGGUGCGUGACGCCAUGGCGGCGUGUUACUACGAGCACAAGGUGACCACGCUGGGCGUCCUGGGUCUGCAGCACCACGGCCGCCAGCACGCCAUGACGGACGGCGUGUGCUUCAACACGCUGGUGGCGUUGAAGCCCGACCGCGCCAAACGCGACGAGGACGGCGCCGCGCUGCAGCAGCCGCCGCCGCGCCAGCCGCCCGCCGUGGUCAAUCCUCGCUACGUCUGGCAGGAAGUCCUCCAUGCCAGCCUGCGGGGGGAAAUUCUGGAGAAGAUCAGGAAGACGGCCAUCUUGCCGCUGGACAGCCUCUACUGACCCCUGCUGGACGGGCGGCUUUUCCAAGAUGGCUGCUGGUCCAGGGAGGGAGCUCUCCAUCUUUGAUGCCCUUUAGUCCGAGUCCUUUUGGGACCGCGGGACCAAUGUUGGCGCCGCUGGUUCUCUGACCGGAGGAGAUGAGGACCAGGGGGCGGGGCCACACAGCUGGACCAGCAUGUAUCGGACACUUCUGGCUCCCUGGACCACGGGAGUCCAACUCAGACUCAAGUCCGGGUCUGGUCCACCACGUCAUGUGACACAAGCCAUGCCUGCGUCAAUAAAGUCCAUCCAUCCAUCCUUUCUCUACCGCUUGUCCAUUUUGAGGUGGCGGGGGUCGCUGCAUUGGACAAGUCACCACCUCAAGUCUUUGGAAUCUUCUUUUGCUAAAACUUCUUCAAAUGUGCUGGUUUGUCCUCCAGACUCUGCACACUCCAAGUGACAUUUGAAACAUUCUGGCUGACACCUUUUACUUUUUACAGCCCAUUAAUGAAAAUGGAAAAACUGUACCAGUGUUUUUUGACAGUAAAAUUCUAGCGACUGAGAUGCCAGUUUUUACUGUAAAAUUUACAGUCGUUUUUACAGCCCAUUACUGAAAAUGGAAAAACUGUACCAGUGUUUUUUGACUGUAAAAUUCUAGCGACUGAGAUGCCAGUUUUUACUGUAAAAUUUACAGUCGUUUUUACAGCCCAUUACUGAAAAUGGAAAAACUGUACCAGUGUUUUUUGACUGUAAAAUUCUAGCGACUGAGAUGCCAGUUUUUACUGUAAAAUUUACGGUUGUUUUUACAGCCCAUUACUGAAAAUGGAAAAACUGUACCAGUGUUUUUUGACAGUAAAAUUCUGGCAACUGAGAUGCCAGUUUUUACUGUAAAAUUUACGGUUGUUUUUACAGCCCAUUACUGAAAAUGGAAAAACUGUACCAGUGAUUCUUGACAGUAAAAUUCUGGCAACUGAGAUGCCAGUUUUUACUGUAAAAUUUACAGUCAUUUUACAGCCCAUUACUGAAAAUGGAAAAACUGUACCAGUGAUUCUUGACAGUAAAAUUCUGGCAACUGAGAUGCCAGUUUUUACUGUAAAAUUUACAGUCGUAUUUACAGCCCAUUAAUGAAAAUGGAAAAACUGUACCAGUGUUUUUUGACAGUAAAAUUCUGGCGACUGAGGUCCCAGUUUUUACUGUAAAAUUUACAGUCGUUUUUACAGCCCAUUACUAAAAAUGGAAAAACUGUACCAGUGUUUUUUGACAGUAAAAUUCUGGCGACUGAGAUGCCAGUUUUUACUGUAAAAUUUACGGUCGUUUUUACAGCCCAUUAAUGAAAAUGGAAAAACUGUACCAGUGUUUCUUGACAGUAAAAUUCUAGCGACUGAGAUGCCAGUUUUUACUGUAAAAUUUACGGUUGUUUUUACAGCCCAUUAAUGAAAAUGGAAAAACUGUACCAGUGUUUUUUGACAGUAAAAUUCUAGCGACUGAGAUGCCAGUUUUUACUGUAAAAUUUACGGUCGUUUUUACAGCCCAUUAAUGAAAAUGUAAAAACUGUACCAGUGUUUUUUGACAGUAAAAUUCUGGCGACUGAGAUGCCAGUUUUUACUGUAAAAUUGCUAAUGCUAAAAUUCUGGCAACUGGGAAGCCAAUAAAAAUAAAACUGGUACAGUUUUUACAUUUACAGUAAUAAAACAUAAAAACAGCCAUAGAUUUUACAUUGACUACAUUAUUUUUUUUACAGAGAAAAGUGCCAUUUACAGUAAUAUCCAUCCAUCCAUCCAUUUUCUACCACUUGUCCCGUUCAGGGUUCCGUAAUAUGCUGUAAAAAAAAAAAAAAAAUCACUGCAAAUUUGACAGUAAAAUUCUGGCAACUGAGCUGUCAGUGAGAAAAAAAGUUUUUUGUUUUUCCAUGUACAGUAAUACACUGUAAAAACAACAGAUUUUACAUAGAAAAUUUUUUUUUACAAUAAAAAUUUGCUGUAAAAAAACAGCAAAUUUUAAGGUAAAAUCCUGGCGACUGAGAUGCCAGUGAGAAAAAACUUUUUUCCAUUUACAGUAAUACACCGUAAAAACAGAUUUUACGCAAAAAAAAAAUUUUACAGUAAAAAUUUGCUGUACAAAACAGCACAUUUUACGGUAAAAUCCUGGCGACUGAGAUGCCAGUAUUUUAGGGUAAAAUUUAUGGUAGUUUUUACAACAUUUUACUGUAAAUGAUAAAACACUACCACUUUUUUAUGCUAAAAUUCUGGCAACUGAGCAGCCAAUAAAAAUAAAACUGGUACAGUUUUUACAUUUACAGUAAUACACUGUAAAAACAACAGAUUUUACGUAAAAAAAAAAUUAAAAUAAAAUUUUUUUGUUAAACAGCACAUUUUAAGGUAAAAUCCUGGCGACUGAGAUGCUAGUUUUUUCGGGUAAAAUUUACGGUAUUUUUUACAGCAUUUUAUUGUAAAUGAAAAAAACAGUACCACUUUUUUGAUGCUAAAAUUCUGGCAACCGAGCAGCCAAUAAAAAUAAAACUGGUACAGUUUUUACAUUUACAGUAAUAAAACAUAAAGACAGCCAUAGAUUUUACAUUGACUACAUUCUUUUUUUUUACAGAGAAAAGUGCCAUUUACAGUAAUAUCCAUCCAUCCAUUUCUACCGCUUGCCCCGUUCAGGGUUGCGUAAUAUGCUGUAAAAAAAAAAUCACUGCAAAUUUGACAGUAAAAUUCUGGCAACUGAGCUGUCAGUGAGAAAAAAUGUUUUUUGUUUUUCCAUUUACAGUAAUACACUGUAAAAACAACAGAUUUUACGUUGAAAAAAUUUUUUUACAAUGAAAAUUUGCUGUAAAAAAACAGCAAAUUUUAAGGUAAAAUCCUGGCGACUGAGAUGCCAGUGAGAAUUUUUUUUUUCCAUUUACAGUACUACACCGUAAAAACAGAUUUUACGCAAAAAAAAAUUUUUACAGUACAAAUUUGCUGUACAAAACAGCACAUUUUACGGUAAAAUCCUGGCGACUGAGAUGCCAGUAUUUUAGGGUAAAAUUUAUGGUAGUUUUUACAACAUUUUACUGUAAAUGAUAAAACAGUACCACUUUUUUGAUGCUAAAAUUCUGGCAACUGAGCAGCCAAUAAAAAUAAAACUGGUACAGUUUUUACAUUUACAGUAAUACACUGUAAAAACAACAGAUUUUACGUAAAAAAAAAACAAAAACAUUUUUUUUGUUAAACAGCACAUUUUAAGGUAAAAUCCUGGCGACUGAGAUGCCAGUUUUUUCGGGUAAAAUUUACGGUAUUUUUUACAGCAUUUUACUGUAAAUGGAAAAACAGUACCACUUUUUUGAUGCUAAAAUUCUGGCAACUGGGAAGCCAAUAAAAAUAAAACUGGUACAGUUUUUACAUUUACAGUAAUAAAACAUAAAGACAGCCAUAGAUUUUACAUUGACUACAUUUUUUUUUUACAGUGAAAAGUGCCAUUUACAGUAAUAUCCAUCCAUCCAUUUCUACCGCUUGUCCCGUUCAGGGUUGCGUAAUAUGCUGUAAAAAAAAAUCACUGCAAAUUUGACAGUAAAAUUCUGGCAACUGAGCUGUCAGUGAGAAAAAAUGUUUUAUGUUUUUCCAUGUACAGUAAUACACUGUAAAAAUAAGAUUUUACAUUAAAAAAAAUUUUUACAAUGAAAAUUUGCUGUAAAAAAACAGCAAAUUUUAACGUAAAAUCCUGGCCACUGAGAUGCCAGUUUUUUCGGGUAAAUUUUAUGGUAGUUUUUACAGCAUUUUACUGUAAAUGGAAAAACUACCACUUUUUUGAUGCUAAAAUUCUGGCAACUGAGCAGUCAGUAAAAAUAAAACUGGUACAGUUUUUACAUUUACAGUAAUAAAACAUAAAAACAGCCAUUGAUUUUA